AUGGGCAAUUCUCUGGAUGUGGAUGUAGAGGUAGACUGGUUGUACAAGGGCAAGAGAAGGCCAAAAACGCAGAUGCAGACUGUGCGCAGAGAAAGGUCGUCGUCGGUGUCUAACGGCUCCCUGGGUCACUUGGCAUCAAAAGCAGAGCCAGAGGUGGCUGUAGCGAAUAAACAGGCUCAACAGCAGACUCAACAGCAGGCCCAAAAGCAGGCCCAACAGGCUCAGCAGGCUCAGCAAACAUCCGUCGCAAAACAAACGACGUCCGCGCGUGAAAAGCAGCAUACUGGUACUCCGGCCGCGAGUUUUCUGCAGAGAUCUAGUUCGGUCCAUGAAACCGGUACCAAGUCGAAGAAAUCGCUUUUCAGCUCGCUGUUCAGUCGCAACACUCAAAGCUCAAGCGACCGGCCCGCCAUUGCCAUCCCGCUCCCGAAAAUUCGGCCCAACUCUGGCCCUGUCCCUAUCAACACCAAUGCUCAUGCUACCAGCCACGAGGCCAUGCCGUCAAUGAAAGCAGCUGUCUCUCAGUUUUUAAAAGAACCCUCGUCGCCAGAAGUACGAGACACGGCGCCCAUUCACGAAGAGCGUGUGGUGUUGAACCGCAACCCACAUCGGAAGUCAAUCCCAAUCGAAAGUCUCUCCAACCUUCCGCUCAGAAGGGUCACUUUCGCAGUCGACCGCUUCGGCAUGGAUCCUCCUCAACAAAUUCCGAGCCGCAAACCCAAAAAAGGCGACGUUUUGGUACCCCAGGACAUGAUCUGUCCCACACCGUCUAUAUCCGUGGGAAUCACCAACACCCAGGGUAGCGUAGAACAGGCGGCCUCCCCGUUGAAUGAACAUUCUAAAGAAUACAAACUGGCCAUGGAAUAUCACCGAAGGGCGCUCAAGGAAUCCGACAAGCACCAACAAGAAGCACAUUAUGCCGCAAGGCGUAUUGCCCACGAAGUACAAAACUUUAAAGCUAAAAACACAGCCACACCUUCAGGUGCGCAUAAUUCUGGAAGUUCGAGUAUAGGUGGUGGCACGACUAAUGAUGUUUCUGGUGCAGCCGCCGUCACGGCCACCUCAAUUGAUGACAGGAUUAAAAACCUAGAAAUUGAUAAACCCAUUCACAAGCAUGAGAACUUCUUCGAUUCGGGGUCACAGAAUUCAUCUUCAGGCCCUGAAAAGUUGACCCUUGACAAAACGUACACCCGUUGCUGUCAUCUUCGAGAAAUUCUCCCCAUUCCUUCCACCUUGAAGCAGGUCAAGGACAAAAGUGCACCUCUGCAGACCUUAAAGUUUCUGAAUCCCAGGCCCACACUCAUCGAUAUUUUGUCCUUCUGUGAUUUCAUUGCCAUUACACCCGUGCAUAACGUCAUCUUUGACAACGUUAACCUCACCCAGGAGAUGCUAAAAAUUGUCAUUAGCUCUUUGGUUAAUAGCACCGCCGUUGAGAAAUUGGGCUUAAGAAAUGUCACUUUCAACCAUGACAGCUGGAAGCUACUAUGCAAAUUCCUGCUCAAAAAUAAAUCUUUGCUCAAAUUGGAUAUCUCACACACUAAAGUCAAACCAGAUCUUCCUAAGGGACUUUACCGAGCAAACAUGGAUUGGAACCUGUUUAUUGACGUACUCCAACGCCGAAAGGAAAAGCCACUCGAUGAACUACUAGUAAACGGUGUUAAGUUCGAUAACAUAGAGACCUUUACCAACCUACUGAAUACAUUUGCGUCACUUGGAUCGCCAGGAAGGAAGCGAUUAGGUAUUGCACAAUCUGACAUCACUGGAGAGCAAAUUAAAUUUCUAAUGUCGUGGAUAAGCGAUAACAGUAUUGAUGGUGUCGACUUGGGCUUCAAUGAUUUAAGCGAACUUGUCAAACCCCUGGUAGGUAAGUUGACUACCCUUUCACUUGGAAACAUGCAUUAUUUCACACUCAACGGCACCAACAUAGCAACUGCUUAUGAUGCAGCAUUGAUUUUGCGCGCAUUGUCAAAACUACCUAACCUUUAUUUUCUGGAUCUCAGCAACUUACCUCAGAUUUUCCCGGAUAUUUUCCCCUAUCUGAACAAGUACCUACCUCGCAUGGCCAACCUGAAACGCUUGCAUCUUGAUUCUAACGAAUUUAGCUCUAGAGAUGUUGUUAUGGUGACAACUGUUCUUUCAAAGUGUAAAGAGCUUCUUCAUUUAUCGCUAUUGAACCUUUCUCCAGACGCUUUUACGACUGGUAUGAGUGCUAACGUUUACGAUUGCGUCCGCCAGUGCGCAAAACUAACCAACUUGGACAUAGCUUAUGGCAAUAUGCCUGAGGAAAUUUCAUCGCGUAUAGCCCUCUGUCUCAUGCGCAGAAUGCAUAGGGACUUUGAGCUUGACGAUUUGACCAGUCAGGACGAUCUGCUAUUCGAUGGUACUUUACUCUCUGAGACAGCUGAAAACAUCUUCGAGAAACUAAACAACUUUGAAGAUGUUGAGACCGAUACCACAAGGAGGUAUCUUCUCAAGAAAUAUUGGGAAAGAUUCAAUCGCGUUCACGACAACGUCCAGAGAACAAUUGAUGAAAUGUUCGAGAAGAGAGCUGCUGGGGAGCUGAAUUUUCAAAGCAAAGAAAAUUUACUGCGAUUACUGUUCCUGGAGAACAAUUUAUCGCAUAUAUUAAGCAUUCUCAAGACCUAUCCACAGGUGGCUAACAUCGCGGGUCUGGAGUCGAGUACCAAGCAAGCAACAUCUGAAAAUGACGUCACCCACCUGCCGGAUGUUGAAGCUCCAACUCACGUACGGCCUCAUCUCAUGGCGACUGAUUCAGGCACAACAAUUGACUUAACAACUGGCAAAGCAGUACUGGUGAAACAGCCUUCUCACGUUGCACUCGUGAGCAAAAAGCAAGAGGAGGAGGAAGGUGAAUUCCACAAAUGGGGAUUUUUCGUUCAGCAACAAAACUCGAUCUAUCCAGAUCAUCAAGCCAGACCUACAUUUGACGAGCUGGUCGAAAAAAGGCCAGAAAGCGCAUCUUCAACCGAGUCACCUAGGUCUUCACAACCCUCGACAGCAACGCAGACAUCGCAUAGCCUAAUUGCCAAGAUCCCAUCCGGUAUGGAACUUCGGGACGCUGUAAUGCGUGCCAAAGGUAUCGAUUCGAUUGAGGAGCUGAUUGACAAUGUCAGCGGAAACCGUGUAACAUUGGACAAAAUUUACGGGGUUCCACUCCAUCCGAUGGCACAUCUAGGAUCUGAAACGAGCGCGAACCGGAGAACAGCACCACUCUCACAGCUGUUAAGGUCGACGUCCAAUGCAUCGGUCACAUCAUCGGAGUCAGGGAAUGAAGAGAAGGUGGAUGAGACGUAUGAUAAGCUACUCAACAGUUUGAGUAAAGUGCGAUCGAAUAAAUAG